AUGUCACCAACAGCCGUCAACGCUUUUACGAUGAUGAUGAGCGGAGCGAAGCGAUCGACAGCAAUUUCGCCUGAUAAAAACAAAGUUGAGGAGCCAGUGGAAAAGAAGAGAAAAAUUGAGAAAGUUGAAGAGAAAGAAGAUGAAAAAGUGGACGACCAACAGACUGCUGUGGAUCAACCCACAGUGGAGGACAAGAUGAACUCAGACGAAGAAGAAGUGGAUGACGAUUAUGAAGAUGAUGAUGAUGAUGAUAUUCCCACGAUCCCUCUGGCAGAGGCUCUAAAGCAGCCUGGCAAGACUGAUGCGGAAAAGCUGGCCCAAAUCACUAAGGGCACUGGGAAAAGUCCUACGGCUAUCAGUGACAUUUCUUCUCCCGCCUUCGAUCCUUCCAAAUUCAGUCAAAUCAAACUUACCCCAGGCAAGAACCUUCCUUAUUCAUUACUGGCUCUGGCCCUACAGAAGAUAGAGGACUUGAAGAACUCUGGACAAGGGUCCAAGAAGAAGGUUCUGGUGAGGACCGUCGCGCGCCACGAAAUUAAUCCAUUUGCUGUGGAGGAAACCCUUGCCUUCGCCGGUACACAAUAG